GGUUUUUCAACUUUGAAAACUCUUGGCUUGGGGGAUUGCUCAGAGGUUGGACUUGGUUGAUAAUCUGCUUUCGAGGCACAAGCUGAAGUGGAAGUGGAAGUGGAAUUGAAGGUUGAAGGUUACAGUAAUUGGCUUAGCUGUGGCUGGGAGGGAAUUGAGGUUUGGCAGAAAGGGUGCUCGAAAUGGCUAAUGCGACCUAUCCUCCUCCACCACCGUAUUAUAAGCUAUACAAAGAUUACUUGCAAGAUCCCAAAUCAGCUCCUGAGCCGCCACCACCUAUUGAAGGGACAUACAUUUGCUAUGGUGCUAAUUACACUACGGAUGAUGUGCUUCCAAGCCUGGAAGAACAGGGAGUGCGUCAACUGUACCCAAAAGGCCCAAAUAUUGAUUAUAAGAAGGAACUAAGGUCCCUCAACAGAGAAUUGCAGCUUCACAUUUUGGAACUUGCUGAUAUUUUGGUGGAGAGACCAUCACAAUACGCAAGGAGAGUUGAAGAAAUAUCUCUUAUAUUCAAGAACUUGCACCAUCUUCUCAACUCAUUGCGGCCCCAUCAGGCUAGGGCAACACUAAUUCAUAUCCUAGAACUUCAGAUAAAACGUCGUAAACAAGCUAUUGAGGAUAUAAAGAGGAGGAGACAAGAAGCACAAACACUUUUGAAGGAGUCCCUUGAAUCGUUGGAGGACACCAGUGCAUCUCUUAUGCUGAAAUAGGGAGUGCUCAUGUAUGUUGAAGUAGGGUGUGCUCAUGUACGCUCAUAGUUGAUGGUGAAGAACCUUUUAGGAGUGUUCUAGUCUCACAAAUCAAAUUAUCUUGGACAGAUCGUUUCAUCUAGUACUGGCGUAUUUUGUAUCAUAAACUUUCUAAUGUUGAAAGAGAAGUUCUCCAUUUGGCUGUUAUUGAAUGAUAGUUUC